UAAUCAGGCGACCGAUAUAGCCUAAUGAGCGUUGGUGGUGAUUUUAAAGUUGGGCAAAGAAAUGGGUGAUGGAUAUGGGGAUUUGGUUGAGUGUGGCUCUAAACCAAAAACGUAGAAAGCUUUCAGAAUCAACACAUAAUUUGUUUGCUUUAUUAUCUUCAUCACUUUCACCACCAGUGCAAGUGGACUUUUAAGCGCAAAAACCCAUCUUGAAAACUAUGGAAGCUAUGUGCAGAGUUAGCACAUUGACAUGGGCUCACUCCAUCUCUCAUUCUCUUCACAUUCCUCGACACUUGUCUAAGUGUCAGACUAAGAGAUUCAGAGUUUGGUGUGCUAAUGCUGACCAAACCCAGAAGAUGACUGUAUCGGUAACAGGAGCUACAGGGUUUAUAGGUAAAAGAUUGGUGGAAAGAUUGCAAGCAGAUAAUCAUCAAAUUUGUGUCUUGACACGUUCAAGAUCUAAAGCUCAAUUAAUAUUUCCCGCCAACAUCUUCCCUGGAAUUGUGAUUGUGGAGGAGCCAGAGUGGAAAGAUUGUAUUCAGGGUUCUACUGCUGUUGUAAAUUUAGCCGGAAUGCCUAUAAGUACAAGAUGGUCCUCAGAGAUCAAGAGAGAGAUCAAGCAAAGCAGGGUUAGAGUCACUUCAAAGGUUGUAGAAUUAAUUAAUGGGUCACCAGAAGGAGUUCGGCCCUCUGUGUUGGUUAGCGCAACAGCUGUUGGUUAUUAUGGGUCCAGUGAAACACAAGAAUUUGAUGAACAUGGCCCAUCAGGAAAUGAUUACUUGGCUGAGGUCUGUAAAGAGUGGGAAGGGACGGCGCUAAAAGUGAACAAGGAUGUAAGAUUAGCACUUAUUCGCAUUGGAGUUGUUCUUGGUAAAGAUGGUGGUGCUUUAGCUAAGAUGAUCCCUCUCUUUAUGAUGUUUGCUGGCGGACCUCUGGGCUCUGGCAAACAAUGGUUUUCAUGGAUUCAUCUGGAUGACAUAGUGAACCUAAUAUAUGAAGCUCUAUCAAAUCCAUCUUAUCAAGGAGUUAUCAAUGGAACUGCACCGAACCCUGUUCGAUUAGCAGAGAUGUGUGACCAUCUGGGCAAUGUCAUGGGGCGACCAUCAUGGCUGCCUGUGCCCGACUUUGCCCUGAAGGCUAUUCUGGGAGAAGGUGCUUCUGUGGUUUUGGAAGGGCAAAGGGUGGUGCCUGCUAAAGCCAAAGAAUUGGGUUUCUCAUUUAAAUACUCCUACGUCAAGGAUGCACUUAAAGCCAUUCUCUCUUGAGGACCACCUGAGAAAUGGCACUCAUUGCAUCAACAUUGUUUAUUUUUUAAGAUUGAGAAUCCCAAGCUUCAUCUGUAUCAUAUGAACAAGAGAUUUCGAUGUUACGUUGUAAUUUAGGCAAGACUAACGAGGGUCCUUUUGUUUUUUUUAUUAAUCCCUUUUUGUUGUUUUUCUUUAUAUUAUUCUUUUAAGAACACUUGUAUGCUGCAUAUCUACAGCAAAUAAACACACUUUAUUUCUUGUGAA